AAUUAUUAUACCCCUCUCUCUCCCCUUCCUCAGGCAGACACUUCUCUGUUUCGUAUCUCUCUCUGUCUCAUCCCAAAAUAUCAAAUUUGCCUUUUUUUUCAAAAACAAAAUCAGGCAGAGAGAGAUAUAUAGCGAGAGAGAGAGUGUGUGUGAGCAGAGAAGAAAAAGAAACUCUAAAAUGGACGAUUACACCAGAGAAAUGAUGGACCUGAAGACUCUCGUCACUCGAACCCUAGAAAAGAAGGGCGUUCUUGCCAAGAUCCGGGCUGAACUUCGGGCAAGUGUUUUUGAGGCAAUCGAAGAGGAGGAUAGGGUAAUCGAAAAAGAAGAAGCAGUACCUCCUGCAUUGUUGGGAAGCUGCAACGACCGCGCAAAACAACUUCAUGCUUCCCCUUCAGGGAGGUUACUAACUUCUCUGAUAUGUGAAUAUUUGGACUGGGCGCAGCUAAAUCAUACGCUUAAAGUUUAUCUGCCAGAGUGCAAUUUGCAAAAGGAUUUUUGGAAAGCUGAGUUGAAAGAAUUUAGUAGCAAAAAUGGAUACGAUCUUAACAGAAAUGGGGACAGUGGUCCAUUACUUUUGGAUGUUCUUGAAGGAUUCUUGAAGUUUGAGAACUUGUCCCAAGGAAGGGGUAUUGGAAGAAGAGUGCCGGAAGCUGAGUCCUUAUCUAAUUUAGACUCAAGGAAUGUUCGAAGACCCUCUUCAUCAUCUGUUGCUGGUGGUUUACCUCCAUUAGGAAGGCCCACUUCUUCUCAGACAUCUGAUAGAAGAGCAGGAUCGUCUAUGUCUGGUUACAGGAAAGAUGAAUGCAAUUGGAGAUAUGACAGUGAUGAACUUCAAGAGGAUGUGAUUCGAACUUCACUGGAAAACCUUCAAUUGGACAGGAAAGCUCGCAAUCUAACUACAUCUUGGCGGCAUGCUGGGGAUGGAAUCAGCGACGAGGAUGGCAGGGUCGACCACAUUUAGCUGAAUGGCAUCCUCUUCUACGCUUCAUCGGUAGUUUAGUGUGUAUUUUUAAUUUUUACUCCGUCAAAUGUUAUGUUAUCAGGAAAAGAGGGUAGUUAUUUUAUGUAGGUCUUUUUUUUUUUUUUUUUUUGAUUUUUUUUCUUUUCUCCCUCUGAAAUUUAUUGUGAGGUGAUUUAGUGUUUGUAUGAGCUUCCUUCAUAUUUGCUCCGAUGGUAUCCAUUUGAUAUUCUAAAUGUCUAAUUUUUGUGUUUUUUUUUA